AUGGCAAGCAAAAUCCACCCCCUCGUCGCUUUCUGUGAGGAAUAUGACGAAGAUACUCAUGUUAUCCGACCGGAAACUCGUCAAGUCGCCAACAUCACAACCAAGCGCCAUAAACAGGCCGUGAGAUCUGCUGCAGAGCCCCUGGUUGACGUUGCAAGUGACUCCGGCUAUUCCAGUCGUACCGCAGCCACCGUCAACAGCACCCAAUCUGGGCCGUCGGGCCGGAAGAGUCCUGUCCCUCAUAAGUCAGACACCACCCUCAAAAGAUCUGACCUUGAACGCGUCCGAUCCAAAGGUCACAAAGAACGUCCUUCCAAGGACCGCAUUGCUCGUCCGCCACGUGAGGAGAAAAUGCAAGUCGGAAGUUUUCCCCAUAUGGGCCACCCUCACCCUCCUGCCCAAGCGCAGCGGUCGCCUUCCCGGUCCCGCCGUCGCGAUAGUGCCCAUGUCAGACAUUAUCCGGGACAAUGUUACGAGUGCGAUCAAGGUCUAUACCAUCCUACCUCCACACCUGUUGAAGCGAGACCGAUGGAUUUCUCGUAUUUCAUGCCACCACCACCUCCCACGGGUCACGAAUAUCCUCCGUCGGCCCCGCAAAACCCCCGUUACGCGCCUUCCGUGAUUCAGGACGUCAAUGUCUCCCGCACUAGUCGUCCCCACGCUCGCGAAAGCUCAUCUAUGUAUCAUACCAACAACCGACCGGUGAGCUUCCAUGGCGCUAUGCCUGGGAUGGGUCAAAUGAUGUAUCCACCGGGAUCCAUGGGUCGCCACGAGCACGGUCCACCGCUGUCUACUUCAGCGUACGCCCACGCGCCAUAUGUCACUUCUCACUAUCCGCCACAGUCUCCCUAUUACGGCAUGCCCGACUAUGCGGCCCCUCCUGAGAGUCUACAGGAACGGUCGGCAUCAAGGACUCGAGACCAAGGUCGGGGUCGCCGACCGUCACUUUAUGCACCACCUCCUAUGGAUUUCGAUGACGCAAGCUUUGAUGAAAGUGAGGAUGAUGACGAGGGUUUGGACGUUCCUCCUCCGCCUCCUCCUGCUCCGAGUCGAUCGGCUCGGCCUCGCAUGUCCGCUCAGUCUUCCCAUGAUCAUCGCGAGGAAGACUACUACCGAUCUAUGCCUCCCCCACCCAUCAAGCACAAGGCGGCUCCGCACAUCAUCCAGAAACGGCCCGACCCGCCCCGAAAAUCCGUGACUGCUCCGUCCAUCACUUCCGACCGUCGGUCUUCUCGCUCUCUAGACCUAUCACCGCUGAGAGACGCCUUGCCUGAGUACGGGUACCGGCAAUCUUCUCGAGAGACCGUAAUGCCGGAGCGCAGCCGAAGCAACCGGGACAGCCGACGAUCCACCGCAUACCAUGAGUCUGCGCGCCCAGCACGGAUUGCCGUCGAAAACUCUCGUCGCCGCCGGCCUACUGUCUACAACUACGGCGAGGAGGACGAUGGGGACGAGGACGAUGAGAUUGUAGAGAAGCAACGAGAAGCAGAAGAGUACCAAGCUUCUCGGUCAGGGAAGCCCUCGGUGCCUGUUCCCUUGACGGAAGACGCGCUGUACAAGGCGAAGACCUCUCAACGCGCUGAAAGCGACAGCGGCAGCCAGAAGAGUCGCUCGAACAGCAGCCGUGGCAGUGACGCACGAACUCAAAACGGAAGCAGCAGCGGCUUGAAGCCGGAAGAUGACAAUAGCAUUGUCAUGAAAAUGAACGGUGUGACCAUGAGCUUCAGCCAAGAGUCUGUUGGGGGAAAGAGACUGAUGCUUCGUACCGGGGACAAUGGUGCGGUCGAGCUGAACAUUGAGGGCAAACACCGAGCCAAGAAGUAUUUGACUGGCGGAUCUGACUACACCGCAAGUGUCUCUCGAAGAGAACUGGAAGACCCGCGCCGAGCCAUGAUUGACCGGAAAUCUGACCGGGCCAGCCGACGCUCAAGUCGGUCGAUCUACAGCGGUCGGGGUUAG